GAGUGGAUUCGGAAGAAAUAUUCAUGGCGAAUCCUUGUAAGCAAAUUUCACAUUUGCAGACAGCAAAGGAACAUGGAGUAAAAAUGAUGGUUUUCGACAACGAAGAUGAAUUGAAAAAAACUGAAAAAAUAUCAUCCAACAUCACGAUUGGUUCUCAGAAUUCACGUUCAAGAGGAUGGCAAGAUAAAUUAUUUUAGUUUAAAAUAUGGAGCUACGACCAAAAAAGCAAGGGAUCUUAUACUAAUGGCAAAAGAAUUCCACAUGGACGUCGUCGGCAUCAGUUUCCAUGUCGGCGCAUUACUGGGAGAUAAAUCAGAUCAGUAUAAACGAGCGUUGUUAGACGCAAAAGAGUUAUUCGAUUUCGCUGAGAAGAAUAAUAUAUCGUUCAGUUUGCUUGAUAUCGGAGGGGGUUUUAGAGUGACGGAUCCUUUCUUACAACAGACUACGUCUUCGAUCAACAUUAUUCUCGAAGAGCUGUUUCCAGUUUUAAAACAUCCCGAUUUGGAGAUAAUAUCUGAACCAGGAGCUUUUCUUACUGACACUGCUUUCACACUGGCAACGAAUGUAAUAGGGAGAAGAGAAAUUGAAGAUUUCGAAAGUACUUACCACUAUUAUGUGAAUGAUGGAAAAUUUGGAUCUUUUUUCAUUCAGUUCAUGUUGAAUAGAGACAUGGGAUAUUUUUUCAUAUCUGAGUCAAUGAAGCAAAAAUCAACAUUCAAGUCCAAAGUUUGGGGUCCAGUAUUGACAUCCUUGGAUGAAGUGAUAGACAAUGUUUUUCUUCCCCAACUUGACAUAGGAGAUUGGAUAUUCUGGAGAAAUAUGGGAGCAUAUUCUUUUGCAUUCAAUUCUAGUUUCAAUGGAUAUAGAACAAAAACAUUUUAUGAUGUCAUUUCAAAAGAAGAUUUGAUACUUUUUCAGCAAUUGCGCAAGAAGAAAACGUCUUCCCGUUUUUGUUUCCAAAACUUAGAAUAUAAAUGAAGAAGGAGAGUAACGAGGAACUCGCUCGAUUUAUUGUUACAAAUAUAUGAUCCGCAUAGAUUUAAAGUGACAUAUAAGGAAGCUAGAACUCGUUGCAGUAACUUUUGAUAAAUACAUCAUUAUUUAUUUGCAUCUGCUUUUUAUUAUAGAAAAGUUUUAAAAAUAAUAAAUUACACCUACUUAA